ACCACCGUGUUCUCGUUCACACCACACCCGCCCCACUGAAUCCGAGCCAGAAGGAUUGUAGCUCAUGUUAACGUUGGACUUAGCUUUUACCGGGGCAGUUGUUGUUCGGUUUUUAUGUCAACAUCAACACUUUUAAGUCGCGUGAAGGAUACAAGCCUGUAAGCAACACGUUUGUGAGCCUUGGGGGUCUAGUUUCGUCAAUUCUUUGCAUUAAUACUCAAGAACCUCAGCAAGAAGUUCUCUAGUGAUGACAUCUUUAACAAAAGCAGUGCUGGAGCGCCACGGGCUACAUCCAUAAAAUUUUCCCAUUUGCCUGAAUUUUGCAACCCUCGUCCCAUCCUCGUGAGCGCCCCUCUGCCCCUUGCCUCCCUGUGAGUGCAAACCCAGCCAUGGGUGAAGCGAGCAAUGUGGCCCGACAGCUGAAGAGCACGGAGAGGAGCGUGGUGUUCCUCAGGCAGGAGCACCUCACUUUGCUCCACGGGCUCCACCUGGAGAUCCUUUCCCUGCAGAGGCGGUGCUCGGAAUUGACAACUGAACUAAAGUUGAAACCUCCGGGUCGCAGCCAAAUAGAAAUACAAGAAGAGGAGGAGCUGGUGGAGGUCCGCUGCAGGUAUGUAGAAGACCGUCUGUGCGAGCAGGAGUGCACCAUAGGAGAAAUUCGCAAGGAGCUGAGCCACAAGGGCGCAUUGGUGGGAGCCCUUCGAGCCAAUCUGAAGGAAAAAGAACGGCACUUCCUGGAGGAGCUCAAACGGCGCAGCCACUGCUCCACCAUCUUGAACACUGAGCUGCAGAAACAAACUGAGGCAGCGGCGUACCUCUCCUUUCAGCUGCAUGCUGCCAAGCAGAAGCUGCAUCACCAGCGACUGCAGCAGAGGCACGCGCUCCUGACAAGAGCUUCCAGUCAGGCACCCCAGUACGGCGGCGACAGCAUCUCUCCCCAGCAGGUGCUCCUGGGAGCAUCCAACUCCUCUCCUGUGGUUAAACCCAAGCGAAAGAACACGAGAGGCUUCUCCAGAAUGGAGCGCGCCCGGGAAUGUGUGCCCAUGGAGAAAGUGACCGGCCCUGCGGAGCCCGCAGCCAUGCCGGACCCCGCCCUCUUCCUUCACGCCUGGAGGCUCCGAGUGCACUCCAGGAAAACCGUAACACAGAGACCACCUCCACUUGGCGUGGAACAAGAGGAUGCGGAGGGAGUGGGUCAGCAAGAACUAGUGGUGCCUCAAGAAGAUGCAGCCAGACUGAUGUCUGCAACUGCAGCGGCCCCUGCUGCUAAGGCACAGGCAGAUUAGCAAAGAACUGAUCUUUGAACUUCUUUUGUUAUUCUGCACUUUGACUGAUAUACACCAUCGACCAGGGGUGGGCAAAGUAUGGCCCGGGAGCCACAUACCGCCCACUGCGUUCUUUAAUCCAGCCCACCAAGGAUUUCCAUUAGCAAGGCUCGUCAUUUUCGUUGCUUUAAUUUAGAUGUUCCCCCCCCCCCCCCCC